GAGUGUUAUGGUAUCUGUGAUAAAUGCUACAAUGGUGGAGUCUGUGAUGACAAGUCUGGUCUAUGUAUCUGUCCUAACAACUUCAAGGCACCGAAUUGUUUAGAAAUUUGUAGAGAUGAUGGUGGAAAUAACUUUGGAUUGAACUGCGAGUUUCGUUGUUCAUUCCGCAAUGCUGCCACACAAUGUCAUGGGUUUCUCUUUUGCCUUCCUUAUCCUUAUGGAUGUUCAUGUGACGUCGGUGCCCAUGGUCUUUCAUGUAACACACUAUGUACUAUGGGUACAUAUGGUCCAGGAUGUUCACAGACAUGUCACUGUGGUUCAUUAUGUGAUAUCUACAGCGGAAUAUGUACAGGUGGAUGUCAGACUGGCUGGACUGGGGAUAACUGUCAAAUUCCAGAUGAAUGUGAAGACGGUUACUAUGGAUCUCAAUGCACUGAUAAAUGUCAUUGCUUGAAUGAUGACCCAUGUGGUAAAGAUACUGGGGAGUGCCUUGAGCAGAAGUGUGCUCUAGGAUACAAAGUACGCAGUGGCCAGGUCAGCUGUCAAGAGUGUGAAGGGGGUACCUUUGGUUUGGAUUGUGUUCAGCAAUGUCAUUGUGCUCCAGAAGCUUGUGAGAAGCAGAGAGGUUUGUGUAAUGGACAGUGCCUUGAUACCUGGAUUGGACCAUACUGCCAAAGAAUAUCAAGAUUGGUUCCAGUGAGAGUGAACCCAUACCAACCAUCUACCUUCACAUGUUAUGUUGAGGGUAUCCCACCUCCCGAUGCAUCAUCAGUUGAUCUUUACAGACGUACUGGAGACAUAAAUGACAGGACGGGAAUCACCAGGAGAUUUAGCAUUGUCUCAGGGUCAGAACGAGCUGUUGUCUUUAAUGUUGAUAGUGUGUAUCCACAGGAAUAUGGGAGAUACGUUUGCAUUCUUAUUGUUGAAAAUGUAGGCUAUCCCAGUACUCCCGUUACCAACGCAACCUAUGGUGAGCAAAUUGCGUGUCAUCGCUUCACUCUACUGUACUUCUGUGAGAUACGUUUGUAAUAGGAAGCAGGAAUUCACUAUCUUUAAAUGCAGAAUCAUUCGCAGUCACAUUAUCUGC